AAACCAGCCACUACUUGAACAGUCGGCUUCAUCGCUGAACGGAUAUUCUCUCUUUGUAACCCGUCACUUUUUACACCCGCUGCUUCUGUGCCGACGGUUUACCGAGCCGUGUCUCUUCACCCCCCGCCCGUGAGCCCUCCGCCGGGGACUGAGCCGUGCUCUCGGUCGGGAUCAUUCACAGUGGAGCGGAUGAGCGCUUCCGCUUUGGCUGCAGCAGUGUUGUCACAGCGGGAGGAUGAACAACCAGAAAUGUAGCACCUUAUUUCAGAAACCAAGAGGACGGACGAGGAUUAUACAAUGUAUCUACGUGGUGGGCUUCAUGGACUUGUUUGGGGUGAGCAUGAUCAUCCCGCUGCUGAGCCACCACGUGAAAGCUCUCGGAGCAAGUCCCACUGUGGCUGGUAUUGUAGGAUCGACAUACGGGAUCUUACAGCUCUUCUCAAGCACAAUAGUUGGCAGCUGGAGUGAUGUGGUGGGACGGCGGUACUCUCUGCUGACCUGUCUGCUGCUAAGCGCUCUGGGCUACGGCCUGCUCGGAAUGUCCACCAGCAUUGCUUUGUUCGUACUCGCACGGAUACCUGUGGGGCUGUUCAAGCACUCCCUGUCCAUCUGCAGAGCCCUGCUGUCUGACCUGGUGUCUGAGUCAGAGCGCCCUCUGGUGAUGGGACACUUCAAUGCAGCCUCCAGUGUUGGCUUCAUCCUGGGUCCUGUGGUGGGUGGCUACCUCACGGAGCACGAGGGCGGCUUUUACACCUCCUCCUUCACCUGUGCAGUCAUCUUCCUCACUAAUGCAGGGCUUGUGUGGAUGCUGCCAUGGAGCGAGACGCUUAUUCAGCGCAAUGACACUAACUCUAGCAACGAUGUAAGUAAAGGUUGUCAUGACAACAACUGUAGUAAGUCGGUUCAAAAUGGCUCUUAUGCCAACAGUCACCACCCAGUGUUGGCAGCAGAGACUGAGCCAGGCUCCAGAGCUCCACAGAAGCACCGAGGUGGAUUCAGGUGGAGGGAGGUGUCUCUGCUCCAGCCUGCUUGGAGACAGCUGUCCUCAGUGGGCUCCAAAAUCCACAUGGUGGCCUCCUCUGACAUGUGGGACCUCUUCCUGGUGCGGCUUCUGAUGGCGAUUGCUAUCAUGCUCUACUACAGUAACUUCUCUCUGGCCAUGGAGGAGCGAUUCUCACUCAAACCAAAGGUGACGGGGUAUCUGAUCAGCUACAGCAGCACCCUAGGGGCCCUGGCUGGGUUCCUGGUGGGUCCCGUCACCAAGCUCUAUGGGAACAACAUGCCCGCUCUGCUGCUCCACUCCACAGUUCUCACCUGUACACUCAUCUUCCUGUACGCUGCAGCGCCCAGUGUGUCGCAGGUGCUGCUUACCUCCACCUUCUUUGCCAUUUCCACCACUAUUGGACGGACAUGUAUCACAGACCUGGAGCUGCAGAGAGGAGGGGUCCAGGCCAGCGGGACUCUGAUCGGAGCUGGGCAGUCGGUUACGGCCGUCGGUCGAGUUCUGGCCCCUCUCCUGUCUGGUCUGGCCCAGGAGUUCAGCCCUUGUGGCCCCCCCAGUCUGGGAGUGGUGCUCGCUCUCGCAGCUGUAGGUUUACUGCUCAUCAGGAUCCCCAAAUGGAAUGGGAGAGGGACAACGAAAAAAGCCAAACUCUGAGUAACUGAGUUUAAAAUCAAUGCAAAUACACCACGCAGAGAAGUGCUCUUAUUUGUAGGAGGCCAGCUGUGAGGAUGAACAGCAGACUCAGUGGGAAUGUUGUUUCCUGCUCAAAUGCCUCUGACAAACUGACGACUUCACAGGGUCACAACGGCUCGUCACAACCAGCACUGCAGUCCCUCUCUCAGGAGGAGCAGUUUCAAAAGUCAAACACAGUGCUGAGAUGAAGUUAGGGCUUCCCUCUGUGCAGAAACAUAAGGGCCUUGUGUCGGCACAUACUGCUCGGGACAGCUUGGAAACAAUGCACACUUUUAUUUUUAAUGUUCUCUAACCACUACAUUGUCAAAAGUCCCUGAGGUUACUGUCAACUAGUGACGGGCAAAGCAGUUCUUCUCAGUGUAGUGACUCACUAGGAUCUGUCCAUCAAAUAGAUUUCUUCACUAAAUCGGUCAGAGCUUGACUGGAGCUCUAACCGCCCGUAGUCCCACUUGCUGAACUGAAACACCUGCUGAAUGUUCAGUCCAGUUCAACGACUAGUGAACUGAGAACUGAAAGCCAAAGUCGUACCCUAUCAUGUAUAGCCAAGUGGCAACACUGGGGCUGAAACAUGGGGCAAACUCAGCAUGCCAAAAACUGCAGUUCCUCUAAUGACCACUAGAGGAUGGCUCCAGAAGCGAGUCAAUUCCUAUAGACCCC